AUGGGAGGGAAGAGGACGUCUGAGAAUAAAGAUCAUUCGGCACACAGGUUUAGUAAGAACAAUCCAAUGCUAAGCUGCAUUGGCCUGGUCAGGAGGACAGAGAAGAAGCCCUCUAAAAGUGCUCCAUUACCACAGCAGCAACAACAGGCCAAAGAUAUCCACAUGGAUUCAGAAGAGGAAGGAGUUUGGAGCCCGCGGCUUGGAAAUUAUCUGUGGAACCCAUUUGAGUGUCCACAGCCCUGGACUCCCUUCUACCACACCUGUCACCAGCCAAGACAUGAACUGCCGGUCGCUGGUAGCACCUUGUCAUUGCCCCGGACGACGGAAUGGGAUCGUUUUGAGAGUUUGAUUCAGGAACUGGACAGCAAACAGUCCGAUCUGUCUCCUCCUCCAAUGAUCCGCUCCAUCACAGAUCUGCAGCUCCCACACAACACAACUGGAAACAAACAGAAAGAUGAAGCAAAGAAGAGGAAGGUUGGUGUUGGGAGACCCUUUAGUAAAGAACACAGGCGGUCCAGUAAUUCUCUGGAAAGCCUCUACAGCCUCAACAGUGGACAAAGCUCCUCAAGUGGAGUCACCAGUGGGUCAGACUGCUCCAGUAACAGAGACAGUCUGAGGCUGGAGGACAAUCUAUUGAACACACGACAGUUCUGUGGCAGAGCAAAAGUCCAUACAGACUUUGUGCCAAGUCCAUAUGACACCGAAUCCCUCAAGCUCAAGGUGGGAGAUGUGAUUGACAUAAUCGCCAAGCCCCCCAUGGGAAUAUGGACAGGCAUGCUCAACAGCAGAAUGGGAAAUUUCAAGUUCAUUUAUGUGGAUGUGCUAACAGAGGAGUGUCCUGAUACACACAAGGAAACAAAAAUCCACAGAGUGAGACAGAAAUCAACUGUCCAGGAAGUGUUAAAGUGCCUCAGUAUGGAGGAGCAUUUCUCGUCUCUACAGCUGAACGGUUACCAAACAGUGGAUGACUUGAUGAGGUUGAGGGAGCAUCACCUGACGGAGCUGAAUGUGACUGAUCCAGAGUACAGGCAUUGUCUGCUCGCUGCUGUCGACUCCCUGCAGCAACUGUGCUCUGAUCAGUUGGAGAAUAAGGCCAAUCAGAAGGCCGAAAGCCCCAGCAAGAACAUGAAGGCAGAUAUAAAGAACUGCCCAAGAGACUCCGGCUGCCACAUGCCAUCUGACAGCCCCAACAACAGCCCAGAGGAGCCAGACCUUGUCUUUAUCUCUGAAUACCCUCUAUCAGCUGAGACGACAGCUUCAUGA